GGAAAAUAAUGAGGUCGAAGUGAGAAUGGACUAAUUUUCCAGACUUUCGGCUGUUCCCUGGAAUUUUCAACCAAAUGUUGUCCAAUGUUACAAUUUUUAUUUGGAUGCCAUUAUUGAGAUCUGAUGAAGCGGAUUUUGCUCCGCUGAGUACAAAUGUUGUGAUACGCCGGAUGUGGUUCUCAGCGGACGUCAUUAGACCUACAUUUCAGCUCUUCUAAGGCCAUGUCAGCUGAUAGUCUUAACUCAAUAACUCGACCUAUUCCCAAACCAUCUGAUUUUAAAUUUGGUAAAGAGAUUGGACAAGGUACCUUCUCAACUGUUUAUGUUGUCCAAGAAAUUUCAACAAGUUCAGAAUUCGCUAUGAAGGUUGUUGAUAAACAACGUGUUUGGCGUUACAAGGCUGUGGACUCUGUACUGAUGGAGAAAGAAGUACUUAAACGCACAAACCAUGUUUUCAUCAUUCGUUUGCAUUGCACAUUCCAAGACUCUACUAGGUUAUUUUAUCUUCUUGAAUAUGCAAGAUGUGGAGAACUAUUGUCAUACCUUACUUAUUUCACGUCCUUGAGUGUUCACUGUACUCGCUUCUAUGCUGCAGAAAUCUUUGCAGCCCUAGAUUAUUUACAUUCAAUGAGUAUAGUUCAUCGAGACCUAAAGCCGGAAAAUGUUUUAUUAACAGAUAAAAUGCACAUCAAGCUGGCCGAUUUUGGAUCAGCUGUUAUACUAAACUCUCCAAAUAUUAAAGCACCUAGUUUUACUGGAACUCCAGAAUACGUUAGUCCUGAAAUGCUUUCUCGUAUUUCUAGACAAGGUGAUUGUACUCCAAAUAGUGAAAGCUCACAGGAUCUUACUUAUCUAAUGGACUUUUGGGCAUUCGGGUGUAUAAUUUAUCAGUUGAUUUCUGGAUCCUCUCCGUUCCGAAAAAGUGGUCCUGUCCAUGAAUAUGAAACAUUUCAGAAAAUUUUAAGUUUAUCUUAUACAUUUGCCCCAAAUUUUGAUCCGAUUGCAAAAGAUUUGGUGGAAAAACUACUUGUAAUCAGUCCCAGUGAACGCCUUGGUAGUCCUUCCCAUGGUGGAUCCAUAUCUGUUCGUCGACAUAUGUUUUUCUCUGAAAUUAAAUGGGACAUCUUGCCGUACCAAGAACCUCCUUUACUAGUUCCAAACUUGGAACCAAUUGCUCCUGAGGGUUGGGAUAAUCUACCUGUUGGUUUUAAAGAAGCAGAGAAAUAUCACUUGUCGCGUGAACUCGGUUUGUCUCCUUCUCAAAUAACUGAAGAUGAUCGUAUUCGUUUAUUAAAUGCACAAGGAAAGCACAAUCCUUUCAAUCGUUUCGUUCGUGGUCGUUUAAUUUUAAAACAAGGCAUAUUGUUUAAGCGUCGAGGAUUGUUUGCAAGAAAGCGGAUGUUUUUACUAACGGAAGGACCCCAUCUCUUUUAUAUCGAUGUUGAAAAUAUGACACUUAAAGGAGAAGUUGCAUGGUCCGAUUCGUUAACUGUUGAAUUGAGAAGUAACAAAUUAUUUUUUAUUCAUGUUCCAAAUAAAACAUAUUAUUUAGAAGACCCUUCUGGUCACGCGGACGAUUGGGUAAAACAAAUAACAUCCGUCAGAGCGCGAUAUUUUAAAGAUACUCAAACUUUAUGUUCAAAUGAUCCGAGUACCUCUAUCGAAUUAAGCAUUUAAUCUCGUAAAACUCUUCAGACAAACGACUUAUUUUUUUGUUCAGUUAGGAAUGUGAAAAAGAGAAAUAUUGUUUAUGUUGUGUUAAAAAUAAUUUUAAAAUGUGUACACUAAGUUGUUAUUUAGUGUUACCGAAUUCAAUCAGUUUUGUACAGUCAGAAUUUAUAUAUAUUAACUUACUGCUUUUUCAUUUUUAUCUCGUCCAAAUUGCUUGUUGCUUGCCUGAUAUUUUAUUAUACAUGUGAAUUUAUUUUUUCUAAUGUUUAACGCGUCGAUUAUAUAAAUAGUUGUCAAUUUUUACGUUAACUAAUUAAAGUUACGUAUAGAGAAAUUGUGUCAUUUGGUAAACUUAAUUUUUAAACUUAAUGAUAUGAGAGUGCAAUGUACUAUACUGUUUUUAUUAUUAAUCGUUAAAUAUUGAUCUUGAAGAAAGAAAAAAGGCCGCUAUUUCGAAUCGGUGUGAAUCUUUUAGAUAUAACUAACUCCUCUGUUACAAAGAUCGCCUCUAAUCUGUUAGAGAUUUCCAUUAAAUGGGACAUAAUGCUAUAUCGUUCUUAGAUGAACGAAAUCACUUAACAAUACUUUUUUUCGAGAACUUGGUGCUGCCCACACAGAGCUACUCUAGACAGUUUGACCAUGUAUAAAAAGCAGACGUUUUACAACUAGCUAGCCUCUUAAAGAACGACACUUAUGUUUAUGGAUUCCCGAUGUUACUGGAGAUACAUUGGGUUCUGCUCGAGAUACGUGAGUGGUUUUCACUCUCCGAUUCCUCCCACUGUGGAAACAUACCUCCUUGAUCGAUCGAUCUGAGAAUGUAAUUUCAGCCUGAGAAACAACCGCCUUACGAAUUUUGUGAAUAGUUUUGAAUGUAUUAGCUCCAUACUUUUCAGACCUUACGGGCGAUGAUGGAAAUCCAUGUUCUGUUUUAAUUGCUGAAGUUUCCUCUCUUCACUUCCAUGAGAAAGCAACAUCUUUGGAGAUGGUGGCUGAUUCAUAAGAAAUCUCACUAUGUCAUCGUACCCCUAAUACAUUCACCAGUACGAGUUAACCGUCGAACUCUAAGUUUGGUGCUUUCAGUCUUAACAAUCUUUAACCAAUCUGCCUAAUUUGAUAAAACCUCAAGAAGUGAAUAUUCAACUCAGCAUAGCUUGAUUAAGUCAUUAUGAUACCCAAACGUCAGGGUGGUAGCUCCAUAAUCAGUUUUCCAGUAGCCAUAUCAGAUUAAGCUUUCUUUUCGAUGUGUGGGCAAGAAUGAUAAUGAUCGGUUUUUUGCUUAGUCAGACUAGUAGAUAGUCUGACAGGUGCUCGAUGAGUUAUACGUUCUCCUUCCCUUAUUACUAUUGUGAUUGUUGUUGGUUUUUGGUGUGGAAAUAUACUUAUGUUCUAGUCAGGCUAGUCACAUGUUCUUGAUCUGAGUUGUGUUGAAGUCCUGUAGAAUAGACAUUGGGAGAGCAUCUAGUGUCGAUAUACGUCUAAGGCGAAUUAGCGUCCCAUUCAUGUAGACGAGGAAAGCAGCCUUAUAACACUUUCUCAUACUAGCCAAACAUUACACUGAUAAAAAAAUCUCCCUGAAAAACCUAAGGCAGAUAAACAGGCGUUCGUUAGUAGUAUAUCUCUUCAAUUCGUCACACUUUAAAACAAUACUGAGAAGAUACUAAAAUAAAACAAAGCAUGUUAGCAUUUAAUAAUAGUCUAGUGAAAUUUAUGAAUGUUUUUUUCAUUGUACAAGGCUAUCCCAAUGUACCUUGGUUUCAAGUUAUCCAGCACAUGGUGUUCAACAUUAUGUUUAUUCGCGUUAGGGAAAGUAUCUCCACAUAGAACAGACUAGCAGGAUACAUUGCUAUCGAUUGCCAUUAUGUCAUUUUUCGAUCUGCGAUAAUUUCGAGAAAUUUUCACUGAGGCCAUCAUUAGCGAUUGAUAGUGUUUUAUUGUAUUUAACAUUUAAAGUUACUAUGUACCUAUUGGUUGUAUGUACUACUUAAUGUUUCAUCCUAAAUGUAAGCUCGAUCACAAAUCAUUUGCAUAGCCAAAAUUCACUACAUGUUUUGUACGUGAAACUGGCAAAAUACAAAACUCUGGUAUCAAUCGCUACUAGUCUCAGCUUUUCAAUUCAGUUUUGAAUGAAAUAAAUAACAAAUGAUCGAAUUAGGCUGAAAUUUAAACACUAAACAACUAAUAAUUUUUCCAUACAUAGAUGAAUGUAAAUGGCUUUCUUCAAACUUUAUUCUUACAGAAAUAUGUUCUCAUAGGGCAAAUCACAUUCUUUCCAAACGAUAUUAUACUAACCAUACCAUUGUAGUAGUGAUGGUUUAUCUUUUCUUUUUUCCUCACAUUCACUGCCAAAAUCUGUGACUGUCACCACCCAGUUGACAUCUCAUAAUACCUAUCUAGCACAUUAUUUAGGUACAGAAUCAUUUAGUUUUCAACCACUCUCUGAGUUUAUAGUUUAAAACCAACUUUCUCAGUAUAAGCAAGCUAAAUUCAAGUAGGCAAGUACACACUUGAGAGGUGAAUUAGAUUGAUUAACUCAGUAUAUUAUAUAAGUACGAUCAAUCAAAGUCCAUCAGUUUGCUUCAUUUUAAAAUUUUAGGAUGCAUAGCUUAAUAAACUCGAUGGUUGAGGUGUUUAAAAACAAUAAUUCUUAACCGUACUCACUAAAUUGAUGUACUCUGGAAAAUGUCGUGACCUUUUUUCAUGAAUAUGAUGCUAGGAGUUUUGCUCUUUAUUUCUAUUCUCUAAUAUCGACACCGAGUCGCAAUUACUUAAUGGUUAAAAGGUUGGAUCCUCAGCCCCCACCUAAUUCGGUUUGGGCAACCGGGUGUCAUUAGCCGUCACAUUGCAAACGUGGUUCCUACCUAACUACCUGGGGAAUGGAUUUAUGUAACUAAAUUUAAUAUGAAUACCCAUUACCAGCUGAAUAUUGUCGCCUUUCUACUCGAUUUAAAGCUGUAUUUACCACGAAAUUUAUGGGUAAAAAAUAAUUAUGCAAGUGUGUAAACACUUCUACUAGAUAUCUCACUUCAGUUAAGGACUAAAAGCUUUCCAUAAUAUUCAACGAGUUAAUAAUGCAUCAGAAUCACUAAAUUGAUAUUUGAUAAUGAAAUCCUAUAUAUUAUAAAGUCAGUUAUUUAAUGAUGUAAGACUUUCGGAUUUGUUAUUAACAAAUUCAACCUUGAAUUCUACUAUUUCGUUUACUUUGAUUACAUGCUAUUUCUUAUGUUUACUUGUUUUCUAACACUUGGAUGCUGGUUUUUCUUUUCGCUUUUUUCUUUUUUUCUCUCAUCUUAAGUUCUAGUCGUUAAUUUACCAACAACAUCAUCGUCAACAUUAUUGUUAUUAUUAUCACCACCAUUGUUAUGCGUGAUUAAAGCCAACCAACAACUUUAAAUCUACAUUAUGAAAUUCACUUCAUUUGCAUAUUUCAAUAAGGUUUUCAUGGGUCUUGAUUUUGUCCCAUUAGAAAAUGAGCAACCAGUUCGUGGUGGAUUCUACAGAAGUUCACAGAUUUUUAUCCCACUUGCUAAAUUUAUGAAUGUUCCAUUAGAUCAAAUUAACUAUGUUGUUAGUGGAGUGAUUAGCAUCGGUCUGGGUCAAUUAAUGCGACGCCGGUUAUCACCUCAGAAAUGCUCUCCACGAAUUCGUGCAGUUUUUGAAACCUUAUUUGGUCUGUUGUUAUUAUCAUUUUGCUUUGGUAAUCAAUUGCGUGUAUUAUUGAUACAAUCAAGUAUUGCUUAUCUAUUCAUGAUGUGUCUACCUAGUAAUCAUUUUAUGGCUGUAUUAGUGACAAUUUGGUCGUUAUUUUUUCUUACAUUAGUACAUAUUUGUCGAUUAAAAUAUGAUUAUGGGGGAUAUACACUGGAUAUUUCUGGACCAGUAAUGGUACAAACUCAACGUUUAUCUAGUUUAGCGUUUAAUCUUGUCGAUGGUGUAUCAGUGCGUAAAAUGUCUGGUCCAAAUUAUUGUAAAUCACAACAAACUAAUUGUUCCACCAAUGAAAUAAUCAAUCGUGAUGAAACUGUGGAACAAUUCCCACCUUGUUGCAAAGGGAACGCAUUCACUGAACUUGAUACAACAACAAUGAUAAUGACUUCGAAAUUGAAGUCAAACACUAUUCAUUAUCAUGCGCCAAAUCAUUGUAAAUCAAUGCAACGUGCUACUGCUGUUGCGUCGGAUAGUCAUUCUGUCAUGAUGAAUAUCCCUACAAGUCAUAAAUUACAUGCUGUUGAGAAAAUUCCAGAUCCGAUCAUAUUUUUUGCAUACAUGCUUUAUUUUCAUGGUGUAUUUGUUGGACCUUUCACGUUUUUUUCUGAAUAUAUGGAUUAUCUUAAAGGUUACACAAGCAGAGAAUUACCUCCAAUCAAUAUGCGUUAUUUAAUCACUUUAUUUCUACGUACAGUAGCUUCGGGCCUAUCAGCUGCCUAUUUAUGUCCUUAUUUCCCGUUUGAAUUUGUUUUAACUGAGCCGUUUACAAAUUACUCCAUGUUGCAUCGUAUUUUAUAUGUAACCAUUUCUCUAUUCUUAAUUCGACAAAAGUACUACUUUGCAUGGGGUUUAGCUGAAGUCAACGGAGUGGCUGUCGGUGCUGGUUAUACUGGCCAGUGUCCACGCACAGGUGCUACAUUAAAUCAUAACAUUCGCAAUUUUGAUUUCAUUAAAGUUGAAACUGGUAUUAGUUUAAAACAUGUUAUCGAUGCAUGGAAUAUCUCAACUACACGAUGGUUACGUGAAACAUUUUAUGAUCGUCUUCCAUCAGCUUAUCGUACAAUCCUUGUCUUUAUUAUAAGCGCUUUUUGGCAUGGCUUUUAUCCUGGCUAUUAUAUUAUGUUUUUAUCGUUUGCCUUAUUCACUAUGACCUCACGUCUAUGGCAUCGUCAUUGUCGUCAAUAUUUCCGUAGAAAUUAUCUCUCCAGUCAACUCUAUAGUGUAUUUACCAUGAUCAUUACUAAUUUAAUUGUAAAUUAUGGUCAAGCACCAUUUCACCUAUUAGAUUUCUAUUCAUCAUUGAAAUUUUUACGUAUAUUCUACUUUAUACCGCAUCUAAUUGCUGUCGGUAUUUUGUUUAUCUAUUUUUCCAAAAUAUGCAUUAUAAAAUUAUCACUUAAGUAUCAGCUUGAUAUUAAGAGGUUUGAUUAUGAUAAAAGUAAUGAUGAUAAAAGUCGAAAAUUAUCAAUUUCUUCAAAUCAUGAUCGCGGUUUUGGUGGCCAUUAAUUACUAAAGGACGACGAUCACCACUACCUUCAAUACCCCGUUCGCCUCCUGCUUAUGUUCAUCAGUUAACACUUGCUUGCUUAUAAUGUCUCCCCUCUCGCUCUUGUUUUUUUCAUCCAUCCAUUUAUCUAUUUAUCCUAUAAAAACAUACUCAAAUAUAUUCCUUGUUGCGUUUAUCCCCUUCCACCCUCUCCUGCCCACUGUCGAAAUCAUGUCCCAUUGCAUGUACUGCUACUUCCUCCAUUUCCUUAAAAUUAGUAUUCUCAUAAUCACUCAGUCUUCUUUUGAAUGUUUAUGUGGGUUACAUUUUGUGGGGUUGUUUUUUAAUUUUAAAAAAAUGGGACGAGAAAAAUUAUUCUAUUUCAAUGAUGCGUUUGACUAUGGUAUAUAUAUAUAUAUAUAUAUAUUUAUUUUGAAGUCUUCUUGAUUACCUAAUAAUUUGACUUACCAAGUGUUCACUUGUAAUAAUAAUAUUACUAGUAAGUGAUGAGUUCACAUAACAGUGAGUUGAACUUCUAUUUGUUCGUGUGUGUUGUGAACGUUUUCUCAAAUAUUAAAUCAUAUGAAGAAUGUGUUGUGAUUCGGUAUUGGUUUUAUGUGGACAUGCAUACAUAUAUGCAUAAUGGAUACAAGGGAUCGACUAACCUAGGGGAGUCGGAAAACCGUGAUUCUAAACCAAGAGACAUGAAGAAUUUGGGAGAACACAAAGGGUGGAUUCACCUGCGCCAUUGCAAACGAUUUUGAGCCAUGUCAUUCAAAGUCUCUAAUCAUCGGUUGCUAUCGUCUCGCGGAUCCCAACCAGGGUAGUCUACACCUACCAACAUGGCUCAGUCCACUUGUCAAAGUUAAACAAGAAGUAGUACCAUCUUCCCAAUAUGUGGUGGAUUGAGUUUGGAAAAGGGACUUGUUGAACAUCUUUGAAUGGCUCUGAAAUAUUUUCUACAAGGGAUGGAAGAAACGAAAGUCUUAGGCUACUAAGCAUUCAAAAACCUUUCACAGUCACUGAUACUAUGGUCAGUGUCUCAGCAGUUUCACUGUGUGAAUUGUCUAUAUGAAUAUCCUCCGAGUGGACCCUACCUAAGUGAUUCAAUGAAGUUUCAGCUCUGGAUGCUUCAGCCAGUUUUGGAUUCCUAAAUAGUCAACCAAUUUCAGUUCACCUACCUACUCACAGUUCCACUUUACUAAUUAUUUUUAUUUGACCAACCUUGCUGCUAGGUGUAGGGUCUCGUGGGGACUGUUUUAAUUCAUUAAAUGCUGGAUGUGUUAUUAUUUUGCCUCUUAAUCCUUGUGUUAAUUUGUUUCCUCCACCUUUUGCCAUUAUUCAGUGACGCUGUUUGUACUAUUAGUAUUUUUUUUCGCAACCUCAUAUUCCUUCCUCAUUUAUCAUUGUUUUUGAAUGACUUGCUUCGUAUCAGUGCCAUGUGCAGAGACCUAGAUUUGUGUCAGUUGGUUGUUCAGCAAACUGUCCCUUAAAACAGUUUCGAUCUUCAUUGCUGCACUAGUCACAAAACCAUCUCCCAAUCGUUCAGUUCCGAGUAUCAUUUGUGAAGAUCGUCCACAUAGCUAUUACUUACAGAAUGUGAGAACAGAAGUCGUGAAAACCUUGUCACUAACCACUACCGUUUAGUAUUCUUAAGAGUUGUUUCUGUAUUCAAUUAUCGUAGUCAGUCAGUCAUCAUGAACGUAGAGCUCGUCACAUGUAUGUUUUAGCCCACGUUGCCGUACUUUAUCAGUACGACGAAAUAAACUUAACGUGAUAAAUAUAAAAAAUUGGAAUAAUGUCAAUUAAUCAGCCGCAACGUAGGAUCAUGCACAUAUAUACUUCGGUCGAGGUUGCCGCACGUCAUUAGCACAACAAAAUGAACACCAAAUUCACAGGGGUAGUUACUUCAAUGGUAGAAAUAUAUAAAAGAAAGAUUGUGUAUAAGAAUAUAAUACAAGAAGAAAGAAUUAGUUCGUAGAAAUAAAGGCAUGAAGCAAUUUUAAUCUCACAGUUUAAGGGAAGACAAAGUGUAUACACGGACGCCAUUGUGAUCGAUUCUGAGCCAUGUCACCCAGAGUCUCCAACCAUUGCUUACGAUAGUCACGCGGACCCCAACCAAGUAGUCUGCAUCUACCAACAUGGCUAAGACUAGAAGUUGGUGACUUCAAGCACUGAUGCCGCGUUUUGGUUUGACCGCCCUUACUUUUUUUUCAAACAUCCCCAACUCUAGUCAGCAUUGUGUAUUGUGAUAAUCGGUGUUCAGGCAUUAUUUAUUUAUUUAUUUUAACACAUAGAUAUUGGUACAAGGAAGCACCAAAUACAUAUGCGCCACACAAAUUUCACUCGAUAUGUGUGAAGGCUGUGAUACUGCCCGGGUUCCCAAACCAAAGCAGGUGGUUAUCUUAGAGGGCCACUCCCCGAGCCUUUGACCUAAAGGUCUAACCCAC